GAAAUAUUAUAAUAGAUGAAGGAUGUUAUAGAGCACUUACUAGAAAGAAUAGAGCAGGAUUACUUCCAGCAGGUAUAGUAGAUGUUAAUGGUAUAUUUCAUGAAAGUGAAUGUGUAUCUAUUCAAGUAAUUCCUACCAAACAAUCAUCCAUAACAGAAGCAGUUGAAGUAGGUCAUUGUCGUGUUAAUUACAGUUCUUCGGAAAUUAAAUUAAUUAAGGGAUUCCAGAGUAGUGAGAUUGAAUCUAUCUUAGGCUAUGCUGAUAGUGAAUAUAUUGCACAUAGAGAUAAUAUAGCAUUCCCACCCAAAGUUUAGGUGUAAUAUAUUUUUAGAAAGGGACUGCACAUAGCACCCCACCAUACAUAUGUACAUAGAUUAAAUAUUUCAGGGCCAAUAAUUCAGUCAGUGCCCUACAGACUUUACAUAGAAAUAUCAUUGUAGAAUGAAAAUAGAAAUAGAUAAUGAUAAUGAUUCUACGAAACUCGUGUAUAGUGCAGAAUUGAUACUUGAUAAAGAUUCAGAAGAUAUUAUAACAUGUAUAACAUGUUAUGAAUCAAAUAUAUAUGUUGGAACAUCAUCAGGUAGAGUAUUACAUUAUCAUAGAUUUGAAGAUAUACCAGGAUAUAUGCUUAUAGCUAAUAUUCAAGUUCAUGAAGAUUCUAUAAAUAAAUUUGUUAUAAUUCCUGUGGUAAAUAAAAUAUUAAUAUUAUGUGGAACAAUUGCAACAUUUUAUAAUUUACCGGAACUUUCUCCCACUAAUACAAGAAAACUUAAAGAAAUUAAUGAUAUACUGUUAUUACAAUAUAGUUCAGAAAACAAUAGAAGUAGUGAUAAAUUAUUAUUAUUCACUUCUAGUAAUGUAAGAAUUGUUCAAUAUGAAGAAGAACAAGAACAAGUCAAAUUAUUAAAACAAAUAAAUUAUGCCAAUGCAGUUAAAGGUAUUUCAACUACUUCUACUAUGUCAACAAAUUUUAGUAAUUUGGUACUUGUAGCUAAUAAUAAAAACUAUGAUAUACUUGAUUUAAGAUUAACUAGAAAAAUCCCUUUAUUUGAAUAUCGUACUGAUAUUGAUACUCAAAUUCAACCGAAUAUUAUUCAAUUCCGAGCUGAAGAUAAGGGUCCUAAUAAUCAAGAAUAUUUAUUAACUAUAAAUUCAGGUGAUAGUACAUCCUUAGCCAUGUUUAUAAAUUCAUUAGGUGAUGUCACAAGAGGAACACUUACUUGGUCAGAUUAUCCUAUAGGUGGAUUGGCUAUUGAAUGGCCAUACUUAUUUGGGAUAUUCCCCGAUAAUAAAUUAAAGAUAAGUUCAUUAGUAUCCUUAGAAACUAAACAAGAUAUUGAGAUUCAAGGUCUUGAACAAGAAACUACUCAAGAAUUCGAAAUGCAAUUCCAAUUCCGAAUAGAAAGAACUUCUAAAAUAUCAAUUGAAAAUAGUUCUUUAAUGGAGAUACUACGAAGUAGAUACUUUAAGGAUAAUACCAAGAGUUUAUUAACAGAAACUAUAGAUCAUAGUGGUAGUGUAAUAAUCUUAAGCCAGUCCAAAGUAUGGUUGCUCUGUCCUGAAAAUGAAAUCUUGAGAAUUUAUGAAGCAUGGCAAUAUGCUUUGACUAAUGAUACUGAUACUGAUACUGAUACUCAAUCAUUCUUAGAUGAAGCUUUAUCUAUAGUAGAUCAAUACAGUGGUCAUAUAAAGUCUUUCUUAAUUCAUAUGAUAUUGUUAUACUACUUAAAGGAUAACAAAAUUCAAGAAGCCACUAAAUUCUUAUAUCUUACCAUUGACAAGAAGUUAGUCGUUGAUGCUCAUCUUAUAGUAUAUCUUUAUGGAUUCAAUUAUGAUGAUCUUGAUUUCCCUCUACCCUUUGGGAUUGAAAAGAAUUUAUCUAAGUUAACUAUGUCGAAGAAUGAUGAAUUUAUUCUAUUAUAUUUAAAAAGAGUAUAUCCAUUACUUAAUGAUAGUCCUGCAAUUCGUCGUACAUAUUGGAAACUCAUAAAUUCAGAUGAUGAAGUAAUAGAAUUUGUUAAUGGUAAGGAUAAACUUAAUUGGAAAACCAUGGAUAAUGAAAAUGAAACCAUUAUACGAAUUCUACAAGAAAAGAAACUCUUCAAGUCUUUAAUCUUUGUAUAUCAAUAUCUAUUGAAAACUGUUCCUUCAGAGGAAUUGGCUAUUAGAUUAUGUGAUUUACUUUUACAAUUGAAGGAUGAUAUAGCUGACCACAAUGAAUUGGUAUCAAAUAUAUUAGAUAAUUUACCAUUAAUUUCAUCGGAAACAAGUUAUUCUUCAUAUUUAUUUGAAGUGUUAAAGAUCAAUAAAGAUAAAGGUCUUAGUUAUAUGAAGAGUAAUAAUAAAUCUAAAUUCAAAAGUGUACAUAAUGAGAUUAUGCAAGAGAUAUCAUCUAAAUAUGGUGAUGAACUCGAUUUUUCUUUACUAAGAAUUGAAUUCUUAGAAUCAUCCUUAAGUGGUACUUCUAAUCUGCUUCAUGAAUUAUUUAUAGAAGUUAAGAAAUUAAUAGUUUCUCCAACAAUCUUUACUGAAACUAAUAAGAAUAAUUUUGAAAUCUUAGUUCAAACUUAUCAUAUUGUUAAUUCAUUAAAUGAUUCAAAAUGGCCAAAGAUACCUUGGCCAGAUUAUUUAUAUAUCCGAUUAGGUACUAGUGGAUGUGAUGAUUUUAUUGGUCUAUAUCUAAAGCUAUUAGAAUUAGUUCAAAUAACUGAUGAAUUCUCUUUAGAUGAUGAAAUGUUACACGAUGAGAUAUUUUCAUAUUUCAAUGUAUUGAACCCUUUGAAAGAUCCCAUAACUAUAUUACUUCAACACUAUGAUUUUUCAUCUGCUGAAGCCUAUGCAAUUAAUGGACAACUACCAUCAUCCAAAGCGGCGUACUAUAGAGAUUUUGUAUCUAAACAACAACAAUCUAUUAAUAUUAAUGUCAAGGAUAACUUGAAGACUAUACUUAAUUACUAUUUAGAUCAGACUACAACCGAUACCUUAAACAAUUUUGCUGUGGCUCAUUUCAUUUCCAAUUACGGAUCAUCAUAUUUCACUCCUAAUGAGAUUAUGGAGAAACUUCCCGGAGAUGUUCCUUUAAUCCAUUUAGUGGAAUAUAUUGAAAAUGUAAUUAUACAAUUAAAGAUUGGAAAUAAGCAAAAUAUUCUUCAAAAAUCAUUAAUAAGAGCCGAUUCGGAAUUAACGAAACAAAUUUAUAGACAGUUUCUGACUCAAGAAACACCAUAAUGAAUAUAUAUUUACAAGAAUGGAUU